AUGAUGAUUAUAAUAACUCUAGCUCUUGUGAUAAAUGCAGUAGUGGCUGACGAAGAAAAGUACGACUUGCCAUUAUUAGAUAUGAAAGAAAUAGCCAGAAAUCCAGUGGAGCUAAAAAGCUUUUUGGACUGUUUACUCGAUAGAGCUCCUUGCAAAGAAGUUUACCAGGGCUAUAGAGAUUUAGCACCAGAAUCAAUCAGAGAGGCUUGCGGAAAAUGUACCACAGAAUUGAAGAUAUUCGCUUAUAUUUUCUUUGAUACGCUCAAGACCUUUGUGCCAGAAGAAUAUCAAAACUUCAGAAACAAAUAUGAUCCUGAUAAUAUUUAUAUCGAUAGACUAGAAGAGGAAGUCAGCAAAUAUAGAUUUGCAGCAUUAGCUAGCUAA